AUGUCAGAGGCGAAUGAGAAGAGGUCCCCUGAAGCAGGCACCAAGAUUGCCGCUUGUGUCCGACCUCAGGAGUUGUCACACUCGGCUGCUAUAGACGAGAUCGGCCCGGGCCGCGGCUCGGACUCUCGAAGGCUUCUAAUCGUCAAUUUUAUCUUAGCUUUUGAGUCUAGCCUGUCCAACUCUCUCAUCGCUUACGUUACGAGCGACUUCCAGCGACAUUCGCUGCUCACGACAGCGCAAGUCGUAGCAUCCAUCUUCGGGGGUGUCUCACGUAUUCCUAUCGCAAAGAUCAUCGAUAUCUGGGGCCGACCUGAAGGGUUCGCUUUGAUGACCUGUUUCGCUACGCUAGGGAUCGUAUUGAUGGCUGUGAGCAGAAAUGUCGAAACUUAUGCUGCGGCUCUCGUAUUCUACCGCAUUGGUGAGAAUGGCAUGAACUUUGUGCUCGACGUUUUGGUUGCGGAUACUUCGAAAUUAAGGAACCGAGCAUUGCUUUUGGCUGUCAUGUCUGCUCCAUUUUUAGCCACCACGUUUGCAGGACCCGCCGCCGCCGAAGACUUUCUCCUUGGUAUUGGUUGGCGAUGGGCUUAUGGUACCCUAGCAAUUAUUAUACCCUUCUCCUCAAUUCCAGUUCUUUGGAUCUUGCUAUAUACUCGCAAGGAGGCGCGCAAACAGUUCCCCGCUGCUGUUCGUGACUCCGGUCGGACAUGGUCACAAAGCGUAAUGCAUUAUGCAAUUGAGUUCGACGCACUCACUGCAGCUCCUCUGCUGGUUAUGAGCGCCGGGUUGAUGAUCAAGUACCGCAUGCCAGGUACACCACUCGGUUUAGUGGCCAUGUGUCAAGUGCUUGAGACUAUAGGCGCCUCGACGCUUGUUGUAACCGAGAAGAUUGCCAUUAUGGCUGCCGCCGAACAUACUAACGUGGCUAUGGUACUUGCACUCCUCGCUCUAUUCACUGCAGUUGGAGAUACAAUCGGCCUUGGCGUCAGUGGUGGGAUAUGGACAAAUAGUAUGCCCGGCCUACUCGAGAAACACCUCCCGCUAGAGCUUAAGGACCAAAUCAGCAGGAUUUUCGGGAGCCUCGUAGUGCAGCUGUCGUAUAAAAUGGGAACAACCGGACGCUUGGCUAUCAUGGAUGCUUAUGGCGAAGGCAUGCAGCGUAUGUGCAUUGCUGCGUGCGCUGUCCUGUCGCUGACGGUCCCCUGCGCGCUAGCCUGGAAAAACUUGAACGUCCAGGAUAAGCAGAUGAAGGGCAGAGUGGUAUAA